UUGACCGUAAACCAAGCCUUCAAUAUCUAUUGCAACAUGUCUCGAACCCCUGUCUCCUCCAAGAAGGCCCCAGCCGCAGCGGCCAAUCUCAUGAACCAGGCCAUCAUCGCCAAUGGCUUCGUCUUCACCUCGGGCGCUCUCGCCAUGGAUCCCCAGACCGGGAAAAUCAUUGACGGCGACAUCGAAGCUCACACUCAUCAGAUUAUCCGCAACCUCGGCGCCAUCCUUGAGGAGGCUGGUUCCAGCCUCAACGAUGUUGUUGAAGUCAACAUCUUCCUGUCAGAUCUCAAGUACUAUGGCAAGAUGAACGAGGUGUACCAGAACUACUGGGGUGACAUUAAGCCCGCCCGGACGUGUGUCGCGGUCAAGACUCUGCCCCUCAACGCAAACAUUGAGAUCAAGUGUGUUGGAGUUGUUACCAAGCCCAAGUCAAAGCUAUAG